UGAUUGUUCGUCGAUCACUUCACCGGACCGGAUCGGCUGACCACACAAAUUCUUACUAAGUUCAUUAGAAAAACCAAAAAUUUAUUUCGGUUUUGGGUUAAAAAAGAAACUUUUGCCUCCUUUUUAUUCCCGUUUUAUUUUUGACGUAAAUAUCCAACCGAUUUGAAACUGAUCAGCAGAUUUUUAAGUUUUGAUGACCUGCUGAACAAUACUCAUUGAAUCCGAUUUUGUUUUUUACUUUUUUUCUUUUUCCUCGAAAAUUGGUAAAGUAUGGCAACUAGAAGCGUAUUUAUCAUCUGGCUAAUAUGCAUCGGAGUUACUUUUCACGUAGCACAAUCGGCGGUCAGGCAUAGAAUGACGGAACGAUGUCGACGUGUAUGGAAUGAGGUCGAUGAAAAUAACAUUGUUGCCGCACAAGCUGUGUGUAAUUCACGAGCAACACUUCAUGAUUACUUUCGGGAUCGAAAAGAUCUGCUGAAUUAUGAAGUGGAAUCGAGUUUCGGUGCUGAUAUUAGACUGACCGACAACGAAGAGCUGGCAAACAAAAUCAUUAUGCAAGCCAAAGAAGAUGAAUACCGAGUUGGUUUCCUCCGGCCAUACCUAUUCAAUCCGGCUCGUCAUAUUUUUGAAGUUUUAGACGUCAUCAAGCAAUCAAAACUGUUUCAAAUCAUACAAAAAAUGCCGAAGGGUGGCAUUUUACACGCUCAUGAUACGGCAUUAUGUUCGGCAAAUUACGUGGUUUCGCUAACUUAUCGGCCGGAUUUAUGGCAACGAACAUCAAGCCAAAACAAUGAAAUUGAAGGAUUUUUGUUUUCACGUGAACAACCAAAAAUGCCGAAUACGAACCAAAGCGACAGCGAUGAUGAUUCGCAAUGGCGUCUCGUAAAAGAUGUGCGUGAUGAAAUGGGCGCUGAAAAAUAUGAUGAACACAUACGAAAACUGUUUACAUUGUUCGAUAAGAACGUCAAUCCACGCAUACAGUUCCCGGACAUUAAUCAAGUUUGGGAACGCUUCAUGGGUCUGUUCAUGAAAGUUGAAUCAAUUCUUACAUAUGCACCGGUGUGGAAAGAGUACUACAAACACGCAUUGAAAGAGAUGCAAGAGGACGGUGUUAGUUAUUUGGAAUUUAGAGGAACUCUACCGAAGCUCUACGAUUUAGAUGGCAACGACUACAAUGAUGAGGAUAUUAUGGAAAUUUAUAUUGAAGCAUUGGAUGAGUUCAAGCAUGAGAAUCCAUCGUUCAUUGGCUCGAAAUUUAUUUAUGCACCACUUAAGCAAGUGUCGAAUGAGACCGCAGCCACCUAUUUUGAUGUUGUUCGUCGACUGCAUGUGAAAUUCCCACAAUUCUUGGCUGGUUUCGAUUUGGUUGGACAGGAAGAUACAGCACCGGGUUUGGUUUCGUUUGCCGAACAUAUUUUACAAUUACCUGACGACAUAAAGUUCUUUUUCCAUGCCGGCGAAACCAAUUGGUUCGGCAGCGUCGAUGAGAAUUUGAUUGAUGCAGUUUUGCUUGGUAGCCAUCGUAUCGGGCAUGGGUAUGCACUGGCAAAGCAUCCAAAAGUAAUUGACCUUGUCAAAAGCAACGAUAUUGCGGUCGAGGUGAAUCCAAUUUCCAAUCAAGUGUUGAAAUUGGUCGACGAUUAUCGUAACCAUCCCGCAUCAGUAUUCUUAGCUCAAAAUGUGCCCGUUGUUAUUUCAUCGGAUGAUCCGUCAUUUUGGGAGGUGUCGCCGCUUUCACAUGAUUUUUACAUGGCAUUUCUAGGAAUCGCAUCGCGUCACAGUGACUUGCGAACACUCAAGAAAUUCGCCAUCAAUUCCAUUCAGUAUAGUUCACUAGAUGACACUGAGAAAACGGAUGCAUUUACCAAAUGGCAAAUCAAAUGGGACAAAUUUAUUGAAGAUUUGGUCCACAAUGAACUAUAAUGCAUGCAGAAGCAAGAUGAUGAAACAAAAUACCAAUAUUAUCAAUCGCAACAAAAAAGAAACUUGAAACCUAUUUAAGAAUUUGCCCAAAACAGAUAUUUGUAAUGUGCGAAUAAAUGAUAGCCUUAAAUUCCA